AUGACCUUCCGAGCGUUUCACCCCAAAUACGAACAGAUCCGCGAUGAAGAACGCCUCGAAACAGAACCAGGGCCUCGGUGGAGACAGCGCUGCACGAAUCAAUUGAUCGUAUGGCCGAGCCGGGCCACAGUCUUCCUCUUGUUAAACCUAGUGAUUAUUGGGCUGCUGUUCUACGCUCUCGAGCCUCUGAUCACUCUUCUGCGCAGAAAUAAAGAGCUUUUCAGCCCUCAGGUGGCUCUGUCUAGCUCUAAUAGCUUGUAUGAUCGGAAUCGCACUACCCGAUUGAGUCAUAUACCACGCAUCUUGCAUCAAACCACUGCGACAGAGACGAUUCCAGAUCAUUGGGUCCAGUCGCAAGAGAGCUGCAAGCAAGCUUACUCAGAUUUUGAAUACAAGCUGUGGACUGAUGCAUCAGCUCGCGAUUUCCUUGCCAAUCACUACCCAUGGUUCGUGGAUACAUGGGACAACUACGCUUUCCCUAUCCAGCGGGCCGACUCCAUCCGCUAUUUUGUUUUAUAUCACUAUGGCGGAAUCUACCUUGACAUGGAUACAUGGUGCAACGAAACUCUGCCCAUUCACAAACUCGGAUCAGAUACAGCAAAACACUAUGCGCUUUUCAAAUCCACCUUUCCAACGGGUGUCACGAAUGACUUCUUAAUUACCUCUGCACACCAUCCCGCUUACACAGCGGCGAUUGCUCAAUUACCUGCGUUCAAUGCCAUCACGCGAGUCUGGGCCCGGUGGCAGCCACACUGCGCUAUCAUGAUCUCUGCCGGUCCCAUGUUCCUGACAAUGGUGCUGAAGGGAUACCUGCUCAAGCAACCGUCGUUGCCCUCGCCAACCCUCGGGGUCAUUAAUGGGACCGAAUUAGCGCCAUACAUCAUUGACCUCGAAAGUAGCACUUGGCAUCGAGCGGAUGAAAAGAUAUUUACGUGGAUUGGAGAUCGACCAUGGACGUGGUUCAGCAUGGGGGCGAUAGGGCUUGCCGCUGGCUUAUUUAUUUUCAACCGCCUGCUUAUGGUUCUUUGUGAUGUGCUUCGCAGGACUCCUUCUGGUACUUUUGGCUCUAAAGUUUUCAAAGCAGCCUGA